AUGAAGCAAAAAUAUCAGGGCACAACAAGGGUGAAACGAGCACAAUUGCAAGCCUUAAGAAGAGAAUUUGAGGUUUUGCAGAUGAAAGGAGUAGAUGAGUAUUUUGCUCGUACUCUUACCAUUGCCAACAAGAUGAAGGUAAAUGGUGAGAAGAUGAAUCAAACAGUUAUCAUUGAGAAAAUUUUGAGGUCUAUGACUUCAAAAUUUGAUUAUGUCGUUUGUUCAGUGGAAGAAUCUAAUGAUUUGGACACUUUAACAAUCGACGAGUUACAAAGUAGCUUGUUGGUGCAUGAGCAAAGGAUGAAUGGACAUAGAAGUGGAGAAGAGCAGGUUCUCAAAGUCUCGUAUGAGGAUAGAGUUGGUGGUAGAGGAAGAGGACGUGGAGGCUAA